ACCUACAUUUGCAAGCCUGCAGGGUUGGGAAUAACUGUCUGGGUGUUUUGCAAUUGCUCUGGAUUACGCCUUAGGAAACGAAAAGCAAAAGUGCGAGAAUUUCGCGAAGUCCGUUUUCCAGGAUACGAGGGCGGUUUCGAGAUGGAAGAGGAGCAUUUAGGAGGGACGGAGGAAAGGGAGGGAUCCAGAGACAAAGGUGUUGGGGUUGGAAGUCAUCUUGAGAUGGAAGAUCUCAAGGAGGAAGCAGCAGAAGGAUGGCUAGAGAAGCAGGACCCAGAAGCCGCUCUGAGCCCGGAGCAGAGUGCAUUAAUGCUGGAGAGCAUAGAGAGAGAAGGAAGACCAAGUGGUGUCAUUAGUGCAAGUGGGAAUGAGCAGGGAGAGCUUGAUGUCCCCGAUAGCUAUUCAGGAGCUGACGAUUGCCAAAACCAAGUCAAGGCAGAAGACCAGAGGUGGAGAAGCCAGGUGAGAAGACGCCGGACAAAAGAGGUUUCCCAGGAUCCUCCAGGUUUCAUCAAUCUCCUGGGGAUCCUGGAACCGCCACCUCCUCUUCCGCCCUCUGCACCCCAGAAGGUGGUGAACAAGCCCUUCCAUUGCACAGAGUGCGGGAAAUGUUUCUCGCAGAGCUCCGUGCUCAUCGAGCACCAGAGAAUCCACACAGGGGAGAGGCCCUUUGUGUGCAACGUGUGCGGAAAACGAUUCUCCCAAAGCUCCACCCUGAUGGGCCACCAGAGGAUCCACACGGGCGAGAAGCCCUUCGCCUGCCCUGAAUGCGGACGGGGCUUCAGCCGCAGCUCCGCUCUGACCGAGCACCAGCGCACCCACACGGGGGAGACCCCUUUCCCCUGCCGGGAGUGCGGAAAGGCCUUCAGCCGCACCUCCAACCUGGUGAAGCACUUGCGCACCCACUCGGGCGAGAAACCGUACAGCUGUGCCCUCUGCGGGAAGCGCUUCUCGCUCAGCUCCAACCUGCUGAAGCACGAGCGCACCCACUCGGGGGAGAAGCCCUUCCCCUGCCCCCUGUGCGGGAAGCGCUUCAAGAAGAAGACCCACCUCGUCUCGCACAACCGUGUCCACACCGGAGAACGGCCCUACCGGUGCGAGGAGUGCGGGAAGUGCUUCUCCCAAAGCUCGUCUCUGAUCGAGCACCAGAGGAUCCACACCGGGGAAAAACCCUACAAGUGUCCCCAGUGUGGCCGAGGCUUCUACGUCAACUCCAAACUGGUCAAACACCAGAGAAUCCACACGGGGGAGAAGCCCUACGCCUGCUCAGCCUGUGGGAAAACGUUCCGAUACAAGCAGCAGUUUCCCCGUCACCUGGCCCACGUCCAUCCAGGGGAAGAGCAGGUUUCUGUCCUUAACUUGGGGACCAGUGUUAAUGUGCUACUCUCCUAGGGUGUAAUCCCAGUGCCCAGUGGCUGGCCUUUAAGUCCCACAGGGCUAGUCCCAGUCAGAGGCAAAAUAAUUGCCAAAUAUGGCUGAUACCUAGAUUAGCAUCUUCCAUUGAAAUAUUCAAGCAGUUUCUGAGGUGCUCCAACUUACAGAGAUAGUCCUUGAUUUAAAACCACGAUUGAGCCCCAAACCUCCAUUGCUACUCUGUUUCCCCGAAAAUAAGACAGGGCCUUAUUUUCUUUUGACCCACGAAAUAAGCGCUUGGCCUUAU